GUCCAACGUAUUUGGGUUUUGUUACACUGGUUUCUGGUCUGUGGAUCCAGGCGUUGAAGUCAGCUAAUAGCUUUCACUGGUUUACGGUCGACGUGAUGAUUAAGAAAGGAUGUUCAUCGCCUGUCCGAUGAUGACGUCCAUUUAGCAGCAUUGCCAUCGCUGCAGGCCGUAUGACAUCGGAAUCCGCGCGCGGGCGGACUCGCAUCUCGCGGGUGUGACGUCAUUGGCGCGGCGCAACAGCUGGGCUGCUGGGCUGCUGGGCGGAGCUGGGCUGGAAAAGUUGCUUGAAUGACAUUUUGUGAAGCGCUGGCGAUCCUCGGCUCUCCUCGCUCCCGCACCGUACCAUGGAUUUCAAUGUCAAACGACUAGCGGCAGACGCCGGCACGUUUCUAAGCCGUGCUGUACAAUUUACAGAGGAGAAACUCGGCCAGGCUGAAAAAACGGAGUUGGAUGCCCAUUUGGAAAACCUUUUGGCCAGAGCUGAGUGCACCAAGCAAUGGACAGAAAGAAUUAUGAAGCAGACAGAGGUCUUACUGCAGCCAAACCCAAAUGUCCGGCUAGAGGAAUUUGUAUACGAGAAACUGGAGAAAAAAGCCCCUACACGAAUGAACAACCAUGAACUGCUGGGUGAAUCCAUGAUAGACUCUGGAAAUGAGUUUGGUCCAGGAACAGCCUAUGGAAAUGCCCUGAUAAAAUGUGGUGAGACGGAGAAGCAGAUUGGUGGAGCAGAGCGGGAAUUCAUCCAUAGCUCAGCCAUCAACUUCCUUACACCUUUGAGGAACUUUCUAGAGGGUGAUUUCAAAACCAUCCUGAAAGAACGGAAGCUGUUGCAGGUUAAGCGUUUGGAUCUGGACGCAGCCAAAACCAGGCUAAAGAAAGCCAGGAUGGCUGACGCUAGAGUUGUGGCAGAGCAAGAGCUGCGAAUGACCCAGAGUGAGUUUGACAGACAGGCAGAGAUCACCCGCCUGCUGCUGGAGGGCGUCAGCAGCACUCACGCUCACCACCUCCGCUGCCUGGUUGACUUUGUGGAGGCUCAGACUACGUACUACGCACAGUGUUACCAGUAUAUGGUGGAUCUCCAAAAACAGCUGGGCAGUUUCCCUGCUUCGUUCACCAACAACAACCAGUCAACGGCAUCAGGCGGGGCCAGUAUCUCGGUCCCCACCAUCCCCGUGUCAGCCUCCCUGCCCAGCCCGUCUCUGGGACGCAGUGGGCCCGGCGCAUCGGGUGGCUUCAGUGAACUGCGGAGCUCUAGCGGCAGUCGGAAGGCUCGCGUCCUCUACGACUAUGACGCUGCCGGCAGCAGUGAGCUCUCCCUAUUGGCUGAUGAGGUGAUCACCGUCAGCAGCGUGCCGGGCAUGGACUCAGACUGGCUGAUGGGUGAGCGGGGCAACCAGAAGGGCAAGGUGCCAAUUACCUACCUGGAGCUACUAAACUGAGAAGCUGCAGGUAGAGGAGAAACUCCAGAUCUCCUCCCAACAAACAAGCCCUUCUAACCCUCCCCCAUCUCCUCCACCUUUCACCCUUCUGUUGUCCAGGCUGAGAUUUCAUAUUUAUAUCAUUUUUGUGGGGACGGGCCUCACUUUCAAUCUUGCUCAGUCGAUUUCUGUCCAGGCAUUAACGUUUUAGUGCUGAAUGAACUGUUUAUUUGAAUUGAAUGAGAGCGAGUCCCAGAUGGAAGACUGAAUGAGACUCUCAGCUAUAUUUUCUUAAGAGAAUGAAUGAACGAAUUAAUGAAAUCUGAGUAAAAGAACAGGAAAUGGACCCAUUCCCUAUUGGGUAUGCGACUUGCAGUACAUUUCUCAAACCUGCCUCUCUGCCUGUUUCUUCUGUGUCCUUUUGCCUCCAUGCAAACUGCAAUACUUACCAGAAUUUCUCCUAAACUGCAUAUUUUUUAAAAAGUUUUUUUAUUUGUUUACAGUGUAUAACUCAGAUGGUGACCUGAAGUGCUUUUGAAGUGGUCUAUAUACUAGCUGCCAGUUAGUCCACGGGUUUCUGCGACCAAUGACAGAUGAGAAAGAGAUUUUUUUUUUAAUAUUUGCUAAAAAGCACUUCGAUUUGAGCCUGAAAGGGAUGCUGCUUUUUUAUAAAUCAAAGUCUUAUUUUAUGAAUUAACAAGUCUGACGCAGCAUCCUUCACUGACAUCGAGAAGAUGAGUUGUUCUUAAAGCAGCCCUAGUGGACAGUUUGUGUAUUGUGAGUGAGCGGCCCGGGUAAUUUGGAUGAAGGUCCUAGAUACCGUUUGAAGUGCCUGUGAAAAUAUUUACAUGGUUGAUCCAACCUUCAGCCGUGGUCGACUGAUGCCCUCGGAGGAUCGACAGUUAAAAAGUAUUAGAUGAAAAGCCAUUUCAAACUCUCCUGCCUUCGUACUCGGCCCCUGGUCUUUCAAUGGGAGUUGAUCGAGAACCGGGGACCGGCGUUUCCACUUCCUAUAUUGUAUUUAGCGAAGCGUGUCACAGAGAUGACACGUGUUUUUAAGUUAUUACCAUGGGGUAUUUUUUGACGAUAGUACAAGGGGUCAAAAGGGGACAUGUUUUCUGCCUCUGGUGUCGCUAGGCCCUAUGUGUACUUGGAAGAGUAUCAGUGCCUUACAGGAAAGUAGUAGGUUGACUUUAGUCUUUACUAACACGUGUCUCUGUUUUCCCCUGGAGUCCCUCAGCUCUUCUCACAUUAAGGUGAAUACGCGCAUCAUUGCAUUCUGGGAGUUAAAAGUAUAUUAUUAAACAGAUGCUUUUUGUUAUUUGCGUAACUAAUAUAAUAGCAUACAAUUGUAAAAUGGAUAUAUGCAAUAUAUGCAUUAAAGUCAUGAAAUGUAACUUAUCUUUGUUGGGGUUUGAGUUUUUUUCCG